AUGACGAGCACGACAGACCCGCAGCAGCAGCUGCAAGAGCUGCAAACUGCGACGCAGAGUCUUCUCGCCAGAGCUCAUUCGCCCGACAGCGCCAACCGCAUCUUCAGUGAAAAGAUCCAGCACCGAUCGCUCCAUCUCAGGCCCACGUCGCCCCCUCCGUCUGUCCUCAAUGCGCGAACAGCCCGACGAAGAGCCCGCGAAAGCGCCAAAGCCAAGUCCAAGUCAAAAGUCAGGCCCAAGCCUCUGUCGUCCCGCGAGCGCCGCCGACUCGGGCUAGACGACGUUUCCAGAGACGGCCAUAAGUACGAGAUUUACGAACCCCUUUACGGCCUUUGGCUAGGAUAUGCGCGAGAGAUCCUGGGCAACGACGUCUAUGCCGGCGGGCCCGGUGCCGCCGCCAAGCUGGCGAGCGCCGAGUUUCACGGGGCUCUGACCGAGGUCGUCAGGAGUCGGUGUCCUAGCCGGGUGGGCAUCAAGGGCAUUGUGGUGCGCGACCGCAAGUUCGUCAUGGAAAUCAUCACCAAGAAGGCGGGGCUCAAGAUUGUGCCCAAGGAGGGCACUACGUUCCGCAUCGAAGUUCCAGCCGACUCGCGGGGAGAACAGGGACAGGAGACGAGGCCGUUUGCCUUUGAGGUCCUUGGUGAUCAAUUGAUGCUGCGAUCUGCGGACCGGGCCAACAGGAAGUUCAAGUCGCAUUUCCUCCUUGACCUUUGA